AUGUCCCACUCUCAACGCGAGCCAAUUGCAGUUGUUGGGAUAGGCUGCAGACUUCCGGGUGGAAUCAGUUCUACCCAGGAGUUAUGGGAUGCGUUGCGCCAAGGACUGGAUCUCGUUACCGACGUUCCAGGCGAUCGAUUCGAUAUCAAUUCGUUUCAUGACCCAGAUUCCCAGGCAUACGGGGCGAUUCGCAACCGGAAAGGUGGCUUUGUCGAUGAUAUCUCGGCUUUUGACGCCGAGUUUUUCGGAUUCUAUCCAACCGAGGCAUCCAAACUUGAUCCUCAGCAGCGAAUGGUUCUGGAAGCCAGUUUUCAUGCUUUGGAGGACUCGGGCACGCCUUUGGAGCAGGUUUCAGGAUCCCGGACCAGCGUCUUUCUCGGGACCUUCAUGUAUGAUCAUCUGGCCAUGCAGACGGAGGCCCAACAGCGCGAUAACAUCACCCCUCAUAUUGCGAUGGGGAGUACCAGCUGUGCGAUUGCAAACCGUGUCUCUCAUCGACUGAAUCUUCAAGGCCCCAGCGUCAGUCUGGACACCGCUUGCUCGAGCAGUCUUGUCUCGGUCCACCUUGCUUGCCAGAGUAUUUGGUCUGGUGACGGUGAUGCUGCCUUGGCCGGGGGUGUGAAUGCAAUUCUUCGCCCCGAGACUUCAAUUCUUCUGUCCAAAGGUGGCUUUCUUGGCCCAGAUGGACAGUGCAAAUCAUUCGACGCGGCAGGGAACGGUUAUGUCCGCAGCGAAGGCGUGGCCGUGGUCUAUCUUAAGCCUCUCAGCCGGGCUCUGCAGGACAAGGACCGGAUUUACGGAGUGAUCCGUGGCUCUCUGGUGAAUCAGGACGGAUAUACUGCUGAGGGCCUGACAGUUCCCAGCUUGAAAGGCCAGCAAGCCUUGCUCGAAACUGUUUACUCUCAGGCCGGGGUAGACCCGGCCAAGGUUGAGUACGUGGAGGCCCAUGGUCCGGGCACUGCUGUGGGCGACCCGAUCGAGGCAGCCGCUAUUGGCAGCCAGAUUGGACAGCGGCGGUAUGCAGAUAGAGCCCUGCCCCUGGCUAUCGGGUCCAUCAAGGGCAAUAUCGGUCAUCUGGAGGGAGCUGCUGGCAUCGUCGGGUUUAUCAAGGCGACCCUGACUCUCUUCCAUCGGCAGAUUCCUCCGCAACUCAACCACCACGAACGGAACCCGGAAAUUGACUGGGACGGCCUCCAUCUCGAUGUGCCGGUUACACUGACCAACUUCCCCGAUAGCAAAACCAACGAUGAGGUAUUUGUGGGGAUCAAUUCAUUUGGUGCAGGGGGUACGAAUGCCCACGUGAUCAUUGGCGAGGUCCCCUCGGACGGAAACUCCCUUGUGUCCAGUCCAACCUCCUCGGAUUCCGAGCAAUGGGUUUCGGUCAGCGCCUCGCAUCCGCGGGUCUUUGUGGUGUCUGCGCGGUCUGACACUGCGUUGAAGCAAGUGGCCAGUGAGCUGGCUGAUCAUCUGCGUAAGCAGAAGUCCCCAAGUCUUAGCGACACGGCCUACACAUUGAACAAACGUCGCGGCUGCCAUCACAAGAUUGCCAUUAUUCCUGCCACCAAUAAAGAGAUGCUGUGCGCCCGACUUGAUCAGGUGGACGCAGGCAAGGUCUCGAAAGACAUCCUGAUGCUUGAUAGAAAGUCAACCAAAACAACAACAGCAGCAGCAGCCUCCACUCCUCGGGUUGCGUUUCUGUUUUCGGGUCAGGGAGGACAAUGGCUUGGGAUGGGCGCCAAGUUGGCCCGGGACCAACCACUCUUCCGGGAGACGCUGGCUGCGUUUGACAAAAUCUAUGCACCUUUGGCUGGAUUCUCGAUCGUCAAGGAGAUUUCAACGGAUAACGCGAAUGAUCCUUCGCGGCUGUCGAAUACGGUGAUUGCUCAGUCGGGGAUUGCGGCUAUCCAGAUUGCCCUGGCUGAGACCCUGAUUGGCUAUGGAGUGAACCCCAGCGCAAUUGUGGGCCACUCCAUUGGUGAGGUUGCCGCUGCGUAUAUCUCUGGAGCGUUGACUCUUGAAGAAGCUGUCAAGGUCAUCUAUAUCCGAUCCAGAGUCCAGGCCAAAGCUGCGGGGAAGGGAACCAUGUUGGCGGUAGGGUUGUCGGCGAGUGAAGCUGAGGAGUUCAUUACCCGCAAUAAUGCCAUCUCCACCGUCGAAAUCGCUGCUAUGAAUGGUUUGAAGAUGACUACCCUCGCCGGGGAGAGAUCCGCCUUGGAGACAGUCGCCGCCGAUGUGCAGGAAAGUGGCUCCUUUGCUAAAUUUGUGAAGGUGGAAGUGCCUUACCACAGUCAAUUCAUGGAUCCACACAAAAUGGAACUGGUCGAGACCCUGUCUACCUAUCAAGGCAAACAGACUCAUCCUGGGAUGGAUCUGUAUUCCACUGUGACCACCGCUAUCGAGUCAGGUACGCAUCUUACGGGGGAGUAUUGGUUUGACAACGUGCGCAAACCUGUGCGAUAUCUAGAAACUGUGACCCGAAUGCUAGAGGACGGCUGUGAGUAUCUGGUCGAGAUCGGGCCCCACCCCGUGCUGGUCUCCGGUACUCAGGACAUUGUCAACUCCCUGGAUCGUGCCGCUUACGUCUUACCCUCGAUGAUACGAGAUAAUGAGCUGGAGCCGAUAGCACGAGUUAUUGGAGCCGCACAUGCGAUCGGAGUGCCUGCAGAUAUCAUGUCCUUCAAUGGUAGCAGGGGCCGUGUGACCGAUCUUCCACUCUACCCCUUUCAACGGCAGCGCUUCUGGUAUGAGAAUCCUGAAUGCGAGCAGGCCAGACUUUCAAAGGGACGCCACCCAUUCUAUCUCGACUCGACUCAGCUAACGGACGAUGGUCGUGCUUCAUUACGACUUCGACUCAGCACGGGUACCUCGCCUUUUCUCAAAGACCACAGCGUGGAAACCGCCAUGGUGUUCCCAAUGACCGGCCAUAUCGAGACGGCAUACAUGGCUGCUGAUCGAUACACCCCCGGAUCAAGACUCUGGCUGCAGGACCUCCGGUUCGAGGCUCCACUGAUCUUGAGUCCCGCAGAAGACUUUGCUCCUCAGUUCAUCCUGGAGAUCACCUCAAUGAACAAGGAUUAUGUGAUUGCCACCCGCGCCCCAGACGCCAAACCAGAAUCGCCAUGGAAAGUCUGCUCGCGGGGGAGAAUUAACAUGCUUGACGAUCCGUCGACUGUUACACCUGAGCAGAUGAGCAGUGUCCAAGCCCGAAUUCAAUCUGCAACCGAGGUGGAUGUGGAGCAAUUCUAUAAACACAUUGGAGACGCCGGGCUGAUUUAUGGGGAAGCGUUUCAAUGCGUCCGAAGCCUCUGGCGGCGAGGAAAUGAGAUCUUUGCUCAUGUAGAAUUACCGGCCGCCAUCGCACAUGAGGCAGCCCGUUUCCGUUUCCACCCCGCCCUCCUGGAUGCCAGUUUCCAUAUCGUCAAUGCCUACGUACAGCACAAUAUCGGUGUCAAUGCGGUCUAUCUACCCUAUACUUUGGAAGCGAUUGAGGUCGUUGAUUCACGCGGUAUCUCGACGGUUUGGUCAAACGUUAAAGUGAAGAGUCAGACCGAUGAGACCUUGAAUGUCGACAUUCUAGUCUAUGCCGAUGACGGUCGACUGCUUGUUGCUGUCAAGAGCCUCGUCAUCAAACGGCUGGGGUCCACUAAGACCAUUCGGUCCUUGGAGCAUGAGAUCACGUUUGAACAUGCGCCAAACGGGACCGAAUAUGAUGACCGUGUUCCGCGGAGUUUGACGAACAUUGUCUCCCUCGAUCUCGGCCUGGCCACAGAUAUCGAUGAUGCCUGUCUCUUUCAAAAUGUCUUUCCCACAGUCCCAAUCCACCGGCUCCCACUCGAAGAGGCCGCGAGGAACUUCGAUGCUGACAAAUUUGGGUUUCGUCUGGACCGCAGAGUAUUGAUCUACAUACCGGCUGUGAUGAAUAUGGCUUGUCCUGAUGUCGAAAAACACAUCGAGUUGGUCUAUCGCGCGCUCACUCAGGUCGCGAACUGGCUCAAACAUGAUGCUGGAAGCUCGACAGUUCUAGUUCUCACCCGAGGUGGCUGCUUGACCUCCGCGGACACUCAGUGCGACCCUGCCUCGGCCAGCGUCCAGGCCGCGGUCCGGGUGAUGCGAAAUGAGUUACCGCGGAUAUCCGUACAGGUGGUCGAUCUUCCCCUGCGCGGUUCUUGGAAAUCUCUAUCCUCGUUAGACGAAGCCUUGGGAAAUACCCGCAUCAGUCGCCAUGACUGCGUGGUCGCCGUUCGCUCGUCCGGUCGCUAUUAUCCACAGGUCACGACCGUCGACAGCGCGUCCGAGGACCGGUCGUCUAAACCAGUGCCCGCGCGAGGAGGAAGUUACUACAGUAAGCCGGUCCACGGUGGUUCGUUCGGGGAAAUCGCCAUCCAUGAUCUGGAACCCACGGUGCUGGGCCCGGAGGACGUGGCUAUUGAAGUCCAUGCGACGGGGCUGAACUAUAACGACGUCAUAACGUCCAUGGGGAUGCAAUCCGAUCAGGCGACGCCCGACGCGCUGAGUGGCGACAACCUGGGGAUGGAAGUCGCUGGCGUCGUGACGCGAGUGGGAGCCAGUGUGAGUGGCAUGGAGGUCGGGGCCCGCGUGAUGGCCCGAGUCACGAAUGGUCUCGGAGGGUCCGUGGUGGUCAAUCAUCAGCUCGUUGUUCCUGUGCCGCCAAUGAUCUCGCUGGCAGAGGCUUCUUGUUUGCCGAUGGCAUAUAUGACAGCGUAUUACGCCUUGGUCUAUCUCGGCCGCCUGCAAGAGGGUGAAUCUAUCCUGAUCCACUCCGGUGCUGGAGGGGUGGGUAUCGCAGCGAUCCAAGUCGCCAAGCUCUUUGGGGCUCGCAUCUAUGCAACCGCCGGCAAUCCUCAACGUCGAUCCUGGAUACAAGCCAUCGAGGGGGUGGAGGCUGUGUUUGAUUCACGGUCGGUGACUUUCUGUGAUGAUGUCAAGAAAGUGACCUAUGGCAAAGGCGUGGAUCUGGUCCUCAAUUCAUCGAAUGGGAAUAUCUUUUCUCAGUCGAUCGCCUGUCUGGCUCCCUUCGGCCGCUGCCUGCAGUUGGGUAAGAGUGAUGUCUACCGGAACAUGAGAGUCGGCCUCCAACCCUUGCGGAAGAACUGUACCCUUUUUGUGGUAGAUGUUGAUUCCUUGCCUGUUCAAAAGCCCGAGCUCCACCGGCAGCUACUGCUAGAGGUCUCCAAUCUGCUCAACCAGGGGAAAUUACUGCCACUCCCCGUUACCCGGUUCCCUUUUGCCGAGUUCCCCAAGGCGCUCAAGUCGCUCUCUCGCUCAUCCGCCAUUGGUAAAGUAGCGGUGGAGAUGCUGGAACAUGAAUUUGUUCAGUCGAAGCCCCGGGACCAAUUGCGACUAUCGUCCAGGGAAAAGACAUACCUCAUCACUGGCGGUACCGCUGGAUUGGGGUUACAGCUGGCUCGCUUUCUGGUCAAACGAGGGGCCCGUCACCUUCUGCUAGUCAGCCGGUCCGGCCCCAAAUCCGCUGAGCAUCGGGCCACCAUCGAUGACUUGAUACGUCAAGGAGCGAGAGUGAUCAUUAAGCAAGCGGACGUCUCUAACUACGAGGAGAUUGCAGCGAUUUUUGAAAACACCACCGAUUACCCGCCGAUCGCAGGGGUCAUGCACUGUGCUGGCGUGAUCAAUAAUCUCCCCUCCAGUGAAACGACGAUGUCUGCCUUCUGGAAGGUGUUUCGCCCCAAGGCGCUCGGCGCCUGGAAUCUACAUCGGGUUACCCAAAACAAGAACCUGGACUUCUUUAUGAUGGCCUCUUCGAUCUCGAUUGUUAUCGCCCAGCCGGGGCAGCUGAGUUAUGCUUCAGCGAAUCAGUUCCUCGAUGCCCUAGCCGCCCACCGUCAGUCGUGUGGCCUACCAGGGCUUUCGCUCAGCCUGGGUGUUUUGGGAUCCUACGCCGGCAUGACCACGGCUGACCUUGGGAGUCGCAUCCUGGAUUCACUCGAAGCACAAGGGCUCUUGCAACUUGAUUUCGAUACGGUGGAGGCCACCCUGGAGCGCCUCAUUAUCCGCAAGGCCUGUCAUCGUGUCCUUGGCCGCAUCAGUUUCUCGGCAUUCGUCGACAUACAUAACCACCUCCGGCAAGACGCGUACUAUGCUAAGGUGCAGCAUGAGAAGGGAGUGGCCGACAAUGAUGGUCCAACUGGAUCGGCCAAGGACGACCGACCCGUGAUCGAGGUCUUAACUGCCGGUCUCGCCAAGGUGAUCGGCGUCGAGCCGAGCCGGAUCGAGCCGAAAGAAGAGAUCAAUACCUACGCCUUUGACUCCUUGACGCUCACGCAAGUGCGAGGUAUGAUUGCGAGAGAUCUACGGGUGACCUUGCCCCUGAUGCGUCUCUACAACAACCCUACUAUCCAGGCACUAGCCAACGAGAUCCAAGAUCUGCUCGCGAAUGGCAAGGAAGAAAUCCACAAGGACUCGACUCAGAAAUACCAACACGCCGCCGUGGUUGAUCUGGUGAAGGAACUGACGCCAUUGUCUCCUUGGAUUUUCCAGGGCACAGGCGCCGGAAAGCGGGUGGUCUGCUUCCACUCGAUGGGGAUUGGGGCAUCACUAUUCACGCCCUUUCUCGUCAACCCACCGCCGGGCCUGGACCUAGUGGCUGUCCAGCUGCCCGGCCGAGAGACGCGGGCCGACGAAGAGCUGCCCAGCUUCUCCUCCGUCGUGGCGAGCAUCGUGGCCGAGAUCCAGUCGUGGGACCAACCCCCCGAGGUCUUCUGGGGCCAUUCUUUUGGCGGCAUCAUUGCAUUUGAGGUCCUGCGGGCGCUGCGGCGCAACGGCGCUUCUCCCCUCCCCGCGCUGAUGAUCACCGGCACUAUCGCGCCGCAGCUGAUCGGGGUGUGGAAGCGGCGCGAACUCCUGAUGGCGAGCCUGCGCGGGGACAGCAGUGCCGACUAUCUCCUGGCGGUCACCCGCUACGUGGACGAGCCGGACUUCGUGCUCGGGAUCCUGGAGAUGCUCCACCACGACGCACCCCUCCUGCUGGAUUACGAAUACCAGGAGGAGCCGGAGCUGGGUGUGCCCAUCGUGGCGUUUUCCGCGCGCCAGGAUGAUAUUGCGUACCGUGAGGAAUUGGCCCACUGGGGUGUGCAGUCGACGCAGUUCACGCUCCGGGAGGUAGACGGCGACCAUUGGUUCUUGCGCCGCAACAAGGAGGUUCUACUGCAGGCUUUGGUGGAUUUGGCGCAGGUGGCUGGAACCGCAUGAUUGUAACCCUGAAGGACUAGGCCGGGCAUUCCACCACUGCUUUGACUUUUUGCAAGACCUUUGAUUUUCAAGGAAGCUAAAUUGACCGAGACGUUGUUGUUACAUUCGAUUAGAAAAGAAC